AUGCCAGUGUCUCACAGACACACCCAUCCCCGGAGGGAGCUGAUGGAUGUCGUCGGCGAUAUUAUCGACGGUGCCAAUGUGGCCCCAGGCGCAAUUCCCGUUCAAGGUGAAAAGCGCGAUGCCGAUGCCCAGCAGGAUGAAGCCGGGGCCAGCGUUCCCACGGUGAUCGAUGCGCCAACAAAGACCGCCAACAUUGCUACAGCUACCGAGAUUGCCAAAGCCACCGGGCACGCGACGAAGCCAGGCGAUGAGAUCAUUGGCAAGGUUACUGCGACUGCGACGGAACCGCUCAGCGUACCUACCCAGUCCUCGUCUUCAAAGAACUCGGACGAGCAGGUCGAGGAGGGCAUGACCGCUGGAGCCAAGGCUGGUAUCGCUUUUGGCAUCCUCGGCGGUGUCCUCCUCAUCGCCGGGCUAGUCUAUUUCAUUGGAAGCCGACGAAAGAACGGCCAGCAAAACAACGAGAAGUUCGCGCCAGCUGGCUUGGCGCCACCUCCACCGAUGAAAGACUCUGUCAAAAGAUCGAGCAAGUCUCCCCGUCUCAGCCUGCGACCAGUUACACAUUUCUUUCCCGGCUUUGGCGACAAGCAUACCAGCAAGGGCCCCUUUGGUGGCUACUCCAUGAGCACCGCGGGUGCAUCUGGUCCAGGGAACCGCUCCCCAGGGCCAUCGCCAUUCGAUCGCCCCGGGACUAGCCACAGCACGCAUCCUGCCAACCCAUUCGGCAACCAAGCUGAACGUGCCGCUUCAUCGGUCACAGACGAACACAGCAUGUACGCCCGCAGCACACCUCCUACCCCGGACAGGAGUGCCAAACCGUUACCGUCUAUUGGUCGCCAGCAGUCCAUGCGCGCCGAUCGCGCGAGGAAUCUUGACCUAACCUUGCCGGAGUCGAGGGGCCCACCGAGCCCUGCAGGCACUGAGUUCAGCAUGUCAUCCAUUGCUCCUGGUACAGGUUCUGCUGCUCCAUCAAGUGGCGCUGCUGCGAUUGCAGCCGCCGGCGGUCCUCAGAACACUCACGUCUACCGUGUUCAGCUUGACUUCCAGCCCAGUUUGGAGGAUGAGAUGGAGCUUCGCGCGGGUGAGCUGGUCCGACUUUUGCACGAAUAUGACGACGGCUGGGCGCUUUGCAUCAAACUUGACCGCUCGCGCCAGGGUGUCGUGCCACGAACUUGCUUGUCAACUCGCCCUGUGAAGCCUAGGCCACCCCAAGGCGGUGCUCGCGGGCCCCCAGUCAAUCCCAACGGACGUCCCGCGUCACCAGCUCACUCUAUGAAUGGACCCGGACCCUCGGCAUCGCCUGCGGGCUUCCGAUCCCAAUCGCCUGCCGGAGGUCGAUCGCAGUCGCCAGCAGGGCGCCCUCGCGCACCUAGCAAAAGCCACGGGCCGAGCCCCAUGAACCCCAAUGCUAGACCAAACCGUCCGGCGUCUCCCGGAUCAGUGUUUGGCCAGGCCAUGUGA